CACUUUUCCAAAUUGUUUUCCCUACAUUAGCUCUAUACAUAAAAUGGAUUUUAUUAUCACAAAAGCAUCACCUCCUAUUCAGCAAGCUCUUCAAAUCAUUCAACAAUCACCUAUCGUUGAGCAAUUGGAAAGACUUUACCGACGUUCCUCCAGGAACGAGCUUAUUUUUAUUGGCACUGCUACCUUUCUAACACUUUACAAUCUGUCCAGUUACAUUAAAACCAAAUGUCAGAAAUUAAAUGCACCUCCUACGGUACCUUUCAGCUUACCUUUAAUUGGCCAUACUCUCUAUACAACCUUCAUGCCUUACAAAUUUCUGGAUUGGUGCGAUAAACGAUAUGGUGAGAUUUAUAAUCUACAUCUGUUAGGCCAAACUGUAACAGUUGCCAAUGGCAAAUGUGGCGAAGAAACAUUGAAAGCAGAACGAGACGACUUAUCUCUUGAACACGGCGUUGUUAGAGAUCUCCUCCAUCUACAUUAUCUUUUUGACGAUGAUGGCAUGGAAAUUGCGAUGCAAGUCAACCCAUAUCUGUUAAAAAAGGCCGUCCCUAAUAGCAGAAUGCGUUCUUUAGUUCCCGGUAUCCAGCGUGGCCUUGAAAAUGCUGUCCAUGAUCUUUUCCAUCCUUCUGAGCCCACUAUCAUCAAAGAACCUAGUGAAUUUUUCCAAGACUAUGUUGCUUAUAUGAGUGUUCCCACUUUGGUCGGUGACGAAGCUGGUACCAACAUAGAGGUAAUCAAAUCUUUUGCUGCCUUCACAGGCGAUAUCAUCAAGAAUGUAGGAUUAUUCGCUGCUGUACCCGAUCGGCUGCACAAAUAUUUGAUGCGAUUUAUGACAGGCACUUUCAAGCAUCACCGUGUCAUGGAGAAACAUUUGGGUCCUAUUGUGCGUGAACACCGCGAAAAGAUGCGUCAGGCAGAAGAAGCUGGCGUGCCUCACGGUUUAGAACCAACCUAUUUACAGUUAUUGAUAGAAUGGAAGAAGGAUGAUGGCGUGUCUGGCUACACUGACAAACAAAUUUGUCAUGCUCUCUUGUCAGUAGCUUUUGCAUCCGUACACACCACAUCAACGAAUUUGCUUUAUUGUAUUUCUUGGUUAAUUGUCCGUCCUGAUUUGAAAGAACAACUUUUGGAAGAAAUUCGCCGCGUUUCACCUGGUGAUAAGCCGGUGACUUACGAUGAAUUGCAACAAAUGGCAUUUUUGAAUAAUUUCGUUCGUGAGGUGUUGCGUCAAGGCACGGAUCCUCUAGCCACAGGUAAAAAGGCAAUGAGAGAUUAUACCUAUUAUAAUGGCUAUCAGGUACCUAAAGGCCGUCUGGUGCAAACUGCUUCUCGACAACUGAAUUUCGGUACCAAUAGCACCCGCUCUACCAUUGAAGAAAUGGAUCCUACCAAAUCGAACAAUAAGACAACUACUACACCUGCUCGUGAUUAUGUAGCGUUCGGUAUGGGCAAACAUUUAUGUCCUGGUCGUUUCUUCGCUACACAAGAAAUCGAAAUGUCUUUGGUCUAUUUGCUGAAGAACUAUGAUUUUAAUACGGUCAGAAACAGGAAACCUUACCCUAUAACGACAAUCGCUGGUAUUUUGAACGUUAACACGCAAGAGCCUUUAAUCUUCACUCCGAAGAAGAAAAUACAUCGUGGUGAUUGAACAUCUUCAAGAUGAAUAUUUUUACUUUCUGUAAACUGAAGAUCAAACAUCUACACAUCUACUAUGUAAACACCCCUCCCUUCUUUUGUAUUCUUAGAUCUCCAUACCAUCAACAUUAACAUUUCACGCCAUACAAACUUCUGAUGUUUCAUUAAAAGCAAGCUUAU